CUCACACCAUUGCGAUUUCUGAAGUUUGAAAAGAUAACAACAAACAACAUGAGAUUUCAAUCCCUUAUUGUUAUCCUCGUUGUUUUGUUGGCCUCUGCGGCCAUGAAUCAAGCUUUACCAGGUGGUUAUAGCCCCAUCAAGGACCUCAAUGAUCCACACGUGAUUGAAAUCGCCAAGUUUGCUGUGACCGAGUACGACAAGCAAAAAGGGACAGACCUGAAGUUCGAGAAGGUCGUCAAGGGUGAAUCACAAGUUGUUGCAGGGACUAACUACCGUCUCACUAUUUCUGCCAUCCAUGGAUCUGAUUCUAAGUCUAACUCUUAUGAAGCCAUUGUGUAUGAGAAGCCAUCAUCAGAGCAUCUCAAGAAACUCAUUUCCUUUAUACCUGUUAAUGCUUAAAUAUUUUAUGAUUUUAUAGCAUCAUUCUCAUUCUCAUGUAUGUCUUAUUAUCAUACCAAUAAAAUUUUAUAUUGUGUA